UGUUCACAAACUUGCAUUUAAACAGCGCCUGUCUCUAUUUUACGGCUUCCUCGCUGCUUUCAGGUCUUAUUGUCACCAAGACCUUCUCUUGUCCCUUUCACGCUCUCCUGUCCAUUCUGCUCGCAGCGCCAAUUGUGUGAAAUCAGGUUCGGUGAGCGGGGCAGAAGACACUCGCUACCGCAUCAUCCGUCCGGUAGCUCUACUUGGUGUCACACAUGACAGAUCACUGUGACAGCAAAGUUGGGAUCAGGAAAAGAAAGGAUGGCGUUUAUACAAAGUUCAGAGGACGGUCUACCACCGAGGAAAAGAAUGGAGCCAGUGUCCCAGCCAACAGAUGCCAUGAGAGGGAAACAGAUGCCACAGGAGUAGAGAGAAUGGGCGACUGGGGGAGCUCGUGGGACACGGUGUCUGAUCCAAAGUUGUCAGGGGUGCUGAGGCCGCAGGUCGUACUGCAGAGAUUACGACUUCCACCCGGGAAACACAGGGUCUCUGCAAUGAACGGAAUUUCAAACCAAACAACAGGUCAAGAUUCUGAAUGUGGACGAGACUUCAGCCAGGCAUCCGGACAGUUGAGAGGCCAGGAUAGUCAAACCAGAGAGAAACGGUGGGAAUGUGGGGAAUGUGGGAAGGGAUUUGAUUACCCAUGCCUUCUGGAAAUUCAUUACCGCAGUCACACCGGGGAGAGGCCAUUCAUCUGCCCCGUGUGUGGGAAGGGAUUCCCGCAUUCAUCCCACCUGGGUAAGCAUCGCCGCGUUCACACCGGUCAGAGGCCAUUUACCUGCACUGUGUGUGGGAAAGGAUUCUCGGAUUCAUCCAGUUUGAGGAAGCAUCAACGUGUUCACACUGGGGAGAGGCCAUAUAUCUGCUCGACAUGUGGAAAAGGAUUCUCUCAGGCAACCAGCUUGAGGUACCACAAGCGAGUCCACACCAGGGAGCGGCCAUUUAUCUGCACUCUGUGUGGGAAAGAUUUCUCACACUCCUCCAACCUGUGGAACCAUAAGCGCAUUCACAUCGCUGAGAGGCCGUUUACCUGUUCUGUCUGUGGGAAAGGAUUCACUCAUUCCUCCAGUCUGAGAAGACAUCAGCAUGUUCACACUGGGGAGAAGCCAUUUGUCUGCUCUGUGUGUGGGAAGGGGUUCAGCCAAACAUCAAAUCUGAAGAAUCACAAACGUGUCCACACGGGGGAGAGGCCAUUUGUCUGCUCUGUGUGUGGGAAAGGAUUCUCUCAUUCCACCAACUUGAGGAAACACAAGCGAGUUCACUCUGUGGAGAAGCCGUUUGCCUGCUCCGUGUGUGGAGAGGGAUUCACUGAAUCUAACAAGCUAGUGACACACCAGCAAGUUCACUGCAAGGACAGGUCCUCCCCUGUAGAUAGGGGAAAGGAUUCUAUGGGUCAGACUUCAUAAGGACACACCAAGGAACCAUUUACCCACACCAAGUGCGGGUAGGAUCCACUCAGUCCGCUGCUCUGUGGAAUCACCAAUGUGUCCACAGGUCACUGCAGGAGCUGGAUUCCCCUGUUGCUCCUGAUAAUUAUAUCCAGGGCUGGAUACAGAUCAUUGUCCCAGUCUGAAUUGACUCUGCUGAUGUUUACAGCCAGUGUAACUGGGACUGUCCCUGCUGUUUCGGUGGGAGCGUACAGCAGGAUGGGGCUGACUGUCAAUACCACCAAGACAGAAGUGGUUUGCCAAUGGAAUACCAGUGUCCCACCCACUCUAUCUGCCUUCACUGUUGGUGAUGAAAAGCUGUCAGUAGUGCCAUCUUUCAAACAUCUGGGGAGCAUUCUCUCUGAGGAUAGCGGCAUUGACAACAUCCAGAGCCGCAGUAAACAGGCAUCUGCUGCCUUUGGCGUAGAGUCUUUCAAAACAGGAGCCUUCAUCCCAAACGUUCUGUGUCACCACCCUCCUUUAUAGCUGUGAAGCUUGGGUAAACUACAGCCGUCAUAUCAAGUCCUUGGAGUGCUUCCACAUAAGCUGCCUCCAGCGCAUUCUGGGAAUUACCUGGCGUGAGCAGGUGCCUCGCACUGAAAUACUUGUAAAGACCAACUGCAGGAGUAUUGAGGCCAUGAUCACCCAGCGUCAGCUGCAGUGGCUGGGGCACAUAAUAAAGAUGCCCCCAUGUCAGCUGCCCCGCAGAGUGUUAUACGGCCAGCUACAUCAUGGUUGACGCUCAGCUGGAAGGCCGAAGAAGCGCUAUAAGGAUCAGAUGAAGAAUGCUUUAAGGAAGUGCAAGAUCAGACCCAAGGACCUGGAGGAUGUUGCUGCUGACCGUACCACUUGGCGACAGCGGUGUAGGGACAGGGUUCAUAUUCUGGAGAUGGAAAGAACAACCAAAAGACAGCAGAAGAGAGCCAGGAGAAAUGCAGCCAUGGUUGCCACCACUACCACAUAUACAUGUCCCACCUGCAAUAGAGCUUGUGGGUCCAGGAUAGGACUGUAUAGUCAUCAAAGAUCUCACCGUUAAAGGAGUGGACGUCGUCAUCGGAUUUUGAUCGACAACCUAAGAGAAAGAAAGAAGAAACUGGGAUAGACUUUUUACCUUCUUGGUAACAAUGAUUAAAUGUCUUGAAAACGUGCUUUGUCUAUUUAAUGGCUGGUGUUGUAGCUCUCCAGAAUAUUGAUAUAUUUUAUGGCUUUUAUUGAAGAUUACUACUGGACAGAAGCUAUUAAAGUUUCAGUUGGAAACACCAUCUGAACUGGGAAGAGAAAUAUAGUAGCUUGUUUAAAUUGCAGGGAUAGUUGGGGAGGGAUGGACAUGACGAAAGGAACAACCGUAAGAGGCUGCCAUGGGGAUCAGGGUCUCCUGGUGCGUUUGCUGAUGGACACAGUUGGAAGUUUAUAAUACAAACGCAGGUUGAAAAUGACUAUUUGGCCCAUCAAUGAUCCUGAUAGUUAUGUCCUGGAAUUAUUUCUGAUUUGUGUUGUCUUGGAAUCUUAAAUGUCUUUACCAAUAAAGGACAUAUCAACCUCUGUAUAAAUGUACCCAGAUGACUUGACCUCCUCGGCCACCUGUGGCAACGAUUCCACAGAUUCGCCACUCUGUGGCUAAAGUCCUCCUCAUCUGUUCUGAAGGGGCAUCCUUGUUUUCUGAGGCGGUGCUCUCUGCUCCUAGACUCUCCCACGACUGAAAACAUCCUGUCCAUGACCAGUCUCU